CACCCUUUCUUCCUCCUCUAUAUCUGCAACUUCCCCUUCUUUCUCUUCUUCCUUCAUUCCUUAUUUCCCUCUCCUAUCUCUCUCUUUCUAAAAACAAUAAAUUUUCUUAGUUAUUUCCCAUUUCAAUCAAAUUAAAUUAAAAUUCUGAAAAUGGGAGGAGGUUAUAGAUCAAGGAAGAUGGAAGACGAAGUAGCAAUUGAAGAGGCGGCAUCGGCUGGGGUGAAGUCCAUGGAACAUUUGCUACGCCUUUUAUCAUCGUCAUCAUCACCAUCUUCUUCUUCUGAGUGCAGAGAAGUUACUGAGGUUACAGUUGGUAAGUUUAAGAGGCUCAUCUCUGUUCUCAACCGUACUGGCCAUGCUCGUUUUCGCCGUGCUCCUAAUCUUUCUGUCUCCUCUGAUUCUUCCAAUUCUUCCGACUCUCCUCCGCCCUUUCAACCACCUCCCCCUCACUCCACCAAACCCUUGUUCACACCACCACCUGCACAAACACCAACAACACCGAUUUGUCAACCGGAAAAACCGAUUCCGUUGAGGGUUGUUCGACAGUCGCACAACCACCCGAUGACUUUGGAUUUCACAAAACCGAACCCGAAUACAAAACCAUGUGCGUCGAUUUCGAAUUCGGCGUCCUUUAGUAUAUCUUCAUCGGCGAACUCAUCGUCGUUUUUGUCUACUAUUACCGGAGAAGGAAGCGUGUCUAACAGAAAGCUAUUCGGUGGAUCUGUUUUUGUUCCACCUCCUACAUCGUCGUCUGGGUUUGCUGCUUCUGGGAAACCUCCCCUUUCAACGUCUUCGUCUUCUCAUCAUAAUAAGAGUUGUCACCACCACCACCAAGAGUUUUCCGAAGACUUUUCCGGUAAAAUCUCCGGGUCAACACGGUGUCACUGCUCAUCUAAGCGGAAGAAGUUGAGGGUGAAGAAGACGAUGAGAGUUCCGGCGAUCAGUUCAAAGACCGCCGAUAUUCCUUCUGAUGAUUACUCUUGGAGGAAAUACGGGCAGAAACCUAUUAAAGGAUCUCCUUACCCAAGGGGAUAUUACAAGUGCAGUACAGUAAGAGGAUGUCCGGCGAGGAAGCAUGUAGAGAGGGCAACAGAUGAUCCAACGAUGUUGAUUGUAACUUAUGAAGGAGAGCACCGUCACUCUCCUAUACCUGCAUCACACGAUAACAUCUCUCAUCACAUGGUCCCCACCACCGCUACACCAGCAUGGUUGGUCCCUUUGCAGUCGCACCCUAUUUUGACUUUGUCUGACUGAGAAUAAAGCCUACUCAAAUAGGAGAAGGUUAAUUUAGGAAUUUUCGAGGACUUGUUCCUAUUUUAUUUUUUGAAUUAAUUUUGUUGUAAUCUUGUAGGCUUGUAGCAGUAGUAGUCAAUGUGUAAAUUACUGCUAUGUCGACUAAUGCGGUAGUCUAAUAGGGUUUUUCUUUUUACCAAAAGAAAACUGAGCUGGUGAGAAGUCAAAAGUGGUGGGGGUAUUGUUGUAAAUUGAGAAAGAGACGAAAAAAAGAAAGGAGUGGUGGUGGGGUUAGGUUAGUGGGUGGAAUUUGGUCAAUUGAUUCUGAGUAAUGGUGGGGGUUAUUAAUUAAUGCAAAGUUUGACAUUUUUCACAUCUA